AUGUCGAUAAACAAUGGAGAGGCGGAUGUAGAAGGGAGCGGACGGCGAACAUCUCCAACUUCGAGUAACACCAGACUGAGAAUGAAAGCCGACCCUUUCUUGGUGUGCUGCAGAUGCUUCAGCGUCGUCACUGCUCUCACUGCCGUUCUCUGCAUCGUCGUCAAUGUCUUCUCUGCCAUUGAAUCUUUCAAGAAUGGAUCUGAUGUUUUCGACGGGAUAUUUCGGUGUUAUGCUGUUUUGAUUGCGAUUGUGGUGGUUGUGGCCGAGACCGAAUGGGCUUUCUUUAUCAAGUUCUGGAAGGUAUUGGAGUAUUGGGUUGGUAGGGGUAUGCUGCAGAUCUUUGUUGCGGUCAUGACAAGAGCUUUUCCUGAUAAGACUGGUACAAGGAAGACGCUUGUUCUUCUUCAGAACAUAGCAAGCUAUAUGCUCCUUGCUUGUGGUGGGGUCUAUAUUAUUGCGGGAAUUCUAUGCAUUGGCUUCCUGAAACGGGCUCGGCAGAAGACAGAAAUUUCAAGGGAGCAAGCGAUAAAGGAUCUUGAGGACUUGGAGCGGCGAAGGGAAGAACUUGAACACUUGCUUAUUGUGGAAAGAGAUUAA